CUAUCACAUAACUAAAUGCUUAUAAAUGACUUGUUUUCAAUUUUUUCAGAUGACGAUAGUUAUGAAGACCCAGUUGGUGUAUCAAUGAAUGUGUCAAGUGGGUACUUAUCCUCAAACCCAAAUGCUGAAUUAGUAACUGAAAACAACAAAAUUUCUUGCCAACAAACAGAAAUGUUGAGUAGAAGUGUUGAAGAUGAAGAUUGUUUUGAAGACCCUGUUGGUGUAUCGCUGAAUAUAGGAAGUGGGUACUUAUCUUCUGACACUGCUGUUGAAGACAUGACACCAUUGACCAGCAAAACACCUUUCCAAAGACCAGAAAUAAUAACCAGUGAAGUUACUGGCAGCAAAAGAAUGAAAGACAAAGCCCUUCAGGUGAAGAAUAUUGCGGAAACAAGAAAAGUGUUAUGUUGUGACAAGAAGUGCAUUAACUUUUUUACAUUUAGUGACAUCUUUCACUUUAGAAAUGAAUAUUGGACAAAAUCCCAAAGUGGAAAACAAAGUUUUUUAAUACGGCAUCUAAAAGAAUCCCAUUUCUCAGGAAAGAAAAGAAUAUUUUCUAUUAAUAAGAUAUCAUUGUGUACAAAAGCAUUCCUAUUGUUAUUGAGACUUAAUAAGAAUACUUUAAGCAAGGCUGUUAAUUUAAAGAACAAAAAUGCGAUUACAGGAAGUGCAAAAAAACCAAGAACUAUGACAAAAGAAACAAUGAAUGCUAUUAACUUCCUGGAUUGGUAUUCAAAGUAUUAUGGUGACAAGAUGCCACAUACCAAUGAGGUGUUGUUGCCGUAUAUCAGUACUAAGAAACUUAUUUACGAAGACUUUAGGAAGAAAAGCAGCAAUGAAAAGGCUGAUGUGUCUGUUUCGCAAUUUCACCUGAUAUGGAAGAAACAUUUCUCACAUGUAAAAAUCAGAAAAACCAACACUUUCUCCAAAUGUUCUGUGUGUACUGGAUUUGAAAGAGAAAUGGAAAAAACAACAGACGUCCUUAUGAGAUCAAGACUGCAAAAUGCCAGACAUGAUCAUCUAGAUAGACAAAUGUUAGAGAGAGCAUAUUAUUAUGGAAAGCGUGAGAUGUCACAGAAUGAUCCUGAUACCUACAUGUCUAUUAUUGUUGAUGGCAUGGAUCAAUCUAAGUCUUCAUUGCCUCAUUUUGCUGGAAGAUUACCAAAGUUUAUUAAUGUUGGGGACUUGAUGAAAUGUCAUAUAACAGGUGUCCUUAACCAUGGUGAAGAUAAAUUCCACACAUUUAUAGACUUUAAUCAAUACAGCCAUGAUCCAAAUCUAACAAUCAAUGUCAUACUGAAAACAUUGUUAUGGACUUCAGAGUCAAAGGGCAAUAGACUGCCUGGGACAUUGUACAUUCAGGCAGACAACUGUUACAGAGAAAACAGAAACAGAUAUGUACUAGCUUUUCUGGAACUUCUUGCUAGGAAACGGAUAUUUAAUCAGGUCCACUUGUCUUUUUUAAUGGUGGGUCACACCCAUGAAGAUGUGGAUGCUGGAUUCUCUAAAAUUUCUGACAAGUUAAAGAUCAAGGACGCAGAAACAAUCCCAGAACUUACUAAUUUAAUAACAUCAGUUGGAACAAAAUAUACAGCCAACCCACUAGACAGAAUGUUGAAUGUAAAGGAAUUUCUUACCCCACAUAUAAAUAAGAUAGACCAAAUUUCUGAGCCACUGCAUUUUAAGUUUGUUGCAAGCUCGAGUGGUGUAAAUGUUUUUACAAAAGGUUAUCACAAUUCUGAAUGGAAACGUCAUGAAACAAACAUUUUAAAUAGCAUACCAGAUGGAAAGCCAGAAAGACUUGCAGUGUCAACUGAAAAAAUUUCAAUUAGUAAUAUUAAAAAGGUUGUAGACAAUGUAAAAAAUUACUUUAAAGGUUUAUUUUCUUUAAUAUGGUGGAACAAUUUUCUCGAGGAAAUGAAUGAAAAAAUAAAUGACAAGUUUGAUAUAAAGUGGAUAGAAGACUUGCCAAGACAAACUGACUGUGAUGACUUGCCCCUUCCUGAUCACUUACAACAAUUAGUAGACAAAGAACAAGAUAAGAGACCGAUGACAGUAAAAGAGAAAAAGAAAACACCUGAAACUGUUCAACCAAAGCCCAAAAAGAAAAGAAAGACCAAAACAAAUAAAGAGUCCCACAAACAGAAAGGUAGAAGAAAGAGAUUUCAGCACACAGAAAACGUAACAAGUGUUUUGAUUUUAGUAGACAUUGAGGACAAAAGACAUGUGUGGAUGAAAAUAUUUAUUGACAUGUAUAUAUAUAUCUUAACCAUUAGUAUUUUACAUUUGUGCAUGGUCAUAAUAUAUCUUUUGAUGGCAAUGUUUUCCCUGCAUGAACUUUUAUAUACAAUUCAUAAUCUCCUGUGCUAUAUGAUAUUAAUUCACACAGGGAACUUGUUUGUCAAUGCAUGUUUGCAGACAUAUACAGAAAAUUAUUUACAGUCAUGUGUUUUCAAUUUUCUAUCAGUUUGUGUUGAAAAGAAAUAUGAUGACCGUUUCGUGCUUUGCAUUUGAUAUACAAGACUUAUUUGUUUUAAAGCUCAGUUUCUUUUAUUAUUGUCCAGAUACUAAUAUGUUUAUGGAUACCUCAUUGCUGUGACUUACAUAAUGACAAAAUAUCAUUCAUAUUAUUUCCAGUUAUCACAAUGAUAAUCUUACAAUAAAUGAUAUAAUUUGCUACAUUGAAUUGAAAAUUGUAACAAGAAUAAAAUAAUUAGCUUAAACUAGUAAUAUUUUUAUUUUCAAGUAGAUGCAUUAGGUUUGUCAUUAAUUUAAUAAAAGCCUGUCUAAAACUGUAAUAAAUACAAUUUUUUCUUUGUCUAUAGUAGGAACUUGAGAACUUUGUACAUUGUUGUAUAUGUGUAUAUAUGAUAUGUAUAUUAUUAAGAUUCGUUCUAAAUCCUUUGAUAAAACAUGUAUGUAUAUGUUUGUUGAGAUGCAUGCUCAAAUAUAUAAUUAUAUUUUGAGCUAAAAUAAUCAAUUUGUAAGUGUGUGAUUCAUGAUUUAUUAGGUUAUUUGCAUUUUAAUUUUCUUUCAGUGUAAUUAAUAUAUAACUAUGUUUUGUUGCAAGUUAAAUCAGGAAAUCAAAGGUAUUCACCUUGUUUCCAUAGAAGUGCUCUUUCAAUAAAAAAUGACAGAUGAAACAAUAUUUGGACCUAAAUUGACACUGGUAACUAAUAUAUUCAUAUAUGAGAAUCAUUCGCACAUUUUUGCUUUGCAAUUAAGGCUUUGAUGCACAUGUAGUAUAGUUAUAGGUCAGAACUUUUAAUUAUGUUAAUGUAUAUUUUUCAAACAAGCACUCUUAAAGGUUUUCGUUUUUUGCCAUUUCUUUAAGAGUUCUGUCGAAUUAAUGAAUAACAUGUAGUUGUUGUAUCAAAAUAUAUACCAAACACAACCUAAUGGUACUAUUUGUUACACUUAGAUAAUUAGAUAAUAUUACUUAUAAUGAUGGUAUCAAUAAAAUCUUAAGUGUGAGAAAUUGAUGCUUUUUUAAAUGAUAAUGGCCUGGGAAAAAGCAUACAAUUAUAUUUAAACCUAAAUUUGACAUCAGAUAUAUAUUCAUUAAUGAGAAUCAUUCGCACAUUUUUGCUUUGCAGUUAAAGCUCUGUAGCACGUGAUAUCAAGUUAAGUUUUAAGUCAGAACUUUAAAUUGCACUAAUAUUUAUUUUUUCCAACAAGCACUCUUAAAGGUUUUCGAUUUUCGCCAUUUCUUUAAGAGUUCAUUGAAAUUAAUGAAUUAUUAAAUAUUAUAUUUAUAAAACAACCUAUUAUCACUGUUUGUUGUACAUAGAAUGAUUGUAGACCCAAAAAUUCAAUUAAUUAUCUUAGCU